AUGGCGGUAGCCGCUGACUACUCGGGCUGGGUGCGUGAGCUCGAUGAAUACCAGUCCAACAACGACGGCCAGUACGACGAGCGGCUGGAAGCCGCUGGGCCUGAUAAUGGAAAACCCUCCAAGGUGGCGCUAAGCUCUCGCGCUGGGGGCAACGGAGCUGUGAACACGAGCAGGAAAUUGAAAACCAGGGGAACCAGUGCCGCCUCGGCGGCACCGAUCUCACAAGCGGAGGAGCUGCAGCAAGAGAUGAAGCUGCUGAACUGGCACAAGCUCGCGAACGAAGCAGCUCUCAAGGCUGCAAUUAUCAAAACGAACAAGAUCAAGCAAGAAGACACGCAGUUUGCGAGCGCCCUCACGCAGGGCGAGCGGGAGGAGCGCGCGCAACGAGCGCAGCAGAUCAUUGAGGAGGAGCAACUCAAGCCGCUCCAGGUCAACUCGGAGUUUUUCCGCAACCUCGAGGUCAAGGGACAACGCGAUGAAGCGAAGCUAGAUGACGAUGUACAGCGUCACAUUCAGCACCUGCGGAAGCUGAAGGAAUCGAUGGCACAGCGAGAGGAUAUGCAGCGACGGCGUCAGCAAUAUCGCGAAAAGAUGUGGGAGCUUCAAGCUAAUGGGAGCGUAACCAGCCGAUCUAAGAUGCAGGCAAAAGGUUCGAACCAAGACGAGGAAGCAGCACCCCCAGACAAGCACGACCGAGGCAAUAGCAACAGUGUUUACCAUCGCGCUGCGAUGGCCGCAGGGGGCAAGGCUGCCUUGGACAAUGCCAAUGUGGUGACCAGCCUCGAUAAACUGAUGGAGCUUGAGCAGCGCAUUCGCCACCUGGAAGAUGCGGGGCUUGCGGUUGAUGACCUCGACGAUGCGCGAGACGGCAAUACCUCGAGUAGAACAGCAGGCCCGAAGCAGGCCGCUGCCAACGGACUCCGGUUUGCAAAGAGAAGAACCACCGGUGGACUUCAUGAGCCUUCCAAAACGGUGUACGCGGUCACUGGAGCCACCAAAAUGCGCGCCAGAGAUAAAACUACAGUAUCAUCAUCGCGUCGGGCCCAGGGAGCAACUGCGGCGGCGAAUGCCAAGAAGCGUACGCUUAAUGGUAGCAACACAGGCGCGAGGAACCGCUCGAAAUCGAAAAACGACACGUUCCUCACGAGCCUUCCGGAGAGCAAACAACGGCAGCUCCGACGAAUGACCGAGCGUGAGCGACGGAACUUCCUCAAGAACGAGAAAGCGAAGGAGGCGCGAGAGCAGUCGCGCAAGCAGGAUGUAGUUAUUGAAGGCUGGCUCGAGAAAAAGCGUGCUGCUGCAAACCAGCGCAAGGCUGCCACCUCACAAGUUCGCGCUGGAGCAGCAGCAGCAACAACAAAGUCGUCAACUGCUGCUUCUGCACGAAAUCCCAAGCAGCGGUUACCUCCACAGCCACGAGUAAGAGCUCCUACCCUUGGUGCGGCCUCCGGCAAGCGCAUCGCAAACCCGCAUCUUCAGAAACUCGACGAUAUCAAGAAAGGUUUUACCAAGCGGAAAGAGGCUUUCCAGCGCCUGCCACCUACCAGCAGCAGACCCAGUGGCCGGUUCAACACAACAACAGCGACAGCAACAGCUAGCCGCAACCAGCGCUCGUUCACGCGAAGUGCAGUGAUUGGGGCGAACACUCGCCAGACCGCCUCAUCGGUCCAGCGCUUUGGCGGGUCGUCAUUACCACCAGCACGCUCUGCAGCCCCAGCUCGAGUAUCAGCAGCAGGACCAACACGACAAGCACCGGGACCGGGCCAGCGCGCGAAUCUGGCAGUGGGACCAGCACCCGGACAUAUCACCAACAAGCUGCCGCUGAUCCAGCGCAACACUGCGCCGCCCAACGCGCUCCCUGCGCGACGUCCUGGAGGUCCAGGAAUGGUAGUGGGGACCAGCACCGCGCUGCCGAGACUCGCUGCGCCGCAGUCCUCUCACUCUCGCGCGGGGCCCAUGCCGUCGCCGUCGCCGCCGCCCGCCGCGCGGAACGCCAACAUGCCGACGUUCAGCCGACUGCACAAGCGGUGA